AUGGAGUCCUCCAGCAACAGACUCUUCCGGUUCUCCAAGCCAGAAUGGCUCAACAACUCUGCCGUCCGUAAUACGGGCGUCUACGUCUCCGGCGCGCUGUUUGCGGCCGGAUUCUUCUUCCUUAUCGACGUCGCUUCCUUCUCGCGCAGCGCCCGCAAUGGCUCGGAUGUGCACAUCAAGUUUGUGGACUGGAUCCCGGGGAUCUGCUCUGCACUGGGUAUGCUGGUGAUCAACUCCAUUGAGAAGUCACGACUGCAUGCAGACAGCUUCAGCUACAGCGGGGGCGGGGUUGCGUGGAAGGCGCGCUUUGUGCUUUUCUUGGGCUUUGCCCUUUUGGCUGGUGGUCUUGCGGGGAGUGUGACGGUAAUGGUCCUCAAAUACCUGAUCCAGGACUACCCGAUACAGACCCUUUACUUUGGAAUUGCAAAUGUGGUAGCCAAUGGUCUUGUCAUGCUCAGCUCCGUUGUGCUUUGGAUCUCCCAGAAUAUUGAAGAUGACUACACUUAUAACCUUGCGCUGUAA